CAAUAUGAAAACCGGAGGUACUGACAACACUCGGAAUAGAAAAACAAUUUCUAUCAUGAGAUAGGAAAGAUACAUAUCCAGUACUUUGACCUUUAAAAAAUUUAGCUCACGACGACUUUUUCAGAAAGGUUUUAAGUAUUUUUGUAUUACGGUUUGAUUUUAAUGUCUACUCCUGGUAUUUACUUCUUAUUUAUGUUACUAAAUUCUGAUUAUGGAGUAUUACCUACUGCUACUGAAAACGUUGAUGUAACAAAAUGUGAUGGGAAUACGAAGGAUGGUUCAGUGAUUAUAGUAAAAUAUAGUGAAAUAAAGUCACAUUGUAAAUGCCAGAUAGAACCACAUUUUACUGGAGUUAUAAAGUUUGCUUCUAAUGUGAUUCAUUUAUCGUGUUACACGAAUAUUAAUGUUUUUGAAAAGAACAAAUCUGAUGAAGUAUUAGGACUUGCAUGUGGAAAUGCAAGAACUUCUGGCACAUUCCACGUGACCGAUGAAAGUGUUAUUUUUAUGACGUCAGAAUUUGUAAACUCUACAACUGGAACUUUUCUUCAAGAGGUUACAAUAUUUGAAGAGAUAAGUUUCAAUGGUUCAAUCUCUGUCACUUGUGGGAGUAAUUUCUCAAAGUUAAUGACAACGACAAAAUGGACCACAAGUACUGAUAGUACAACUAACAGAAUUUCUACAAACAGUGAUGUCUCCUUAAAAUCAGAAAAAAGGGAAACCCAAACAAACAAAUUAAACAAUAGCGUUAUAUAUAUCAUUCUUGGUGCCGCUGGCUUUGUUGUGGUAUUUUUAGCAGUCAUCACUGCGUUUGCUGUUUGUCACAUGAGACGAAAACAGUCAGUUCCGAGCACAACAGAUCCAAAAGAUGAAAUCAACUCUGAGGAGAAAAACACAGAGAUUUACAAGGAACUCCCAGACAAUCCUCUUUAUCACUCCUAUCAGCCUGAAGGCAUAGACAACCAAAUUUAUGCUCAACCAAAUAAGAACAAGGAGAAGACCCAAAUGAACGAAGCUUGCAAGUCUGUUUCGCAGACGAAUUCUUCUGAGGAAAAUGAAUGUGAUAUUGUUUAUGCCAAAGUGAAUAAAUAAUAGAGAACAUCUUAAUUUGACAAUUUGAUUUUACUCAAAAUACAAUGAUUAAAUUUAAAAACUUUACAAAACAUAACAUUAAUGUACAUUUUUGUUUGCACGGAAAAGAAAAGAACAAGAGAUUUUUAGGAUAAGACGUUCAAAUAAAUGAUAUUAAAUUUUUUUUUAAUU